CCACAUCACCACUAUGUCGGUUUUGAGACCAAAAAAAUAAAAAUAAUACCGUUGUAUUUGGUGAAUGUUUUGCUGGUGUAUCUGCCUGUUUUAGCAUGCACUGAGAUCACAAAAACACCAGGAGAGAGAAAGAAGAAGACAGUGUGGGUCCCACAUAUUACAAGCUUCUCAAUUCCCUCCUCUCAUGGUUUCCCGUUUUCGGCGCAUAUUCUUCCAAAAUACUCCCACUUCUCCAUUUUCCUCCCCCUUUUUUCUCCUUCAACUCAACAAACUACCUUUUUUGGGAUUGUGGGCAAAUUUUCAUCAAAAUCCAAAGAAAUAAUGCUGUAAUUUUUUUCCCCGGCGAACCUCACCGGAGCUCCGUCCAAGUUUUUCCGGCAUCCCCAUCAAAUCUCCUAAAAAAACCCAGAUCAGAUCUGUUCUUUUUCCCUCAUUCGGACCAUUUUUCUAGGGGCAUUUGGGGAAUUUUAUCUGACAUUUGGGAAGGAAGUAAAAAAAAAUCUGGGUUUUUUUGUAAUCUAUAAUUUAGCACAUUCUGGUUAAUUUUAUAUUUUGGUUUUUUUAUAUUUACUUUUUGUUAUAAAAAAAAGAAAGAAAUUGGGGGUAGAUGUCAAAUUUUGAUGGGAAAAUGAAACAGCAAAAGAAAAAAAGUGGUGGAUUGAAAUUUAUGGGAUUGUGUUUUAGUUCUAAUGAAUCUCAGCAACAACCUUUGCAAGAACAGCCACAUUUGCAAAAACAACAAUAUAAUCAAUUUCAGCACAAUGUACAACAACAGCAUUUUAAUCUUCAUCGCUCACAUCAACAACAGCAACAAGUUCCUCGGAAUACCAGAGGUGCUGGUCAUCGAGUUGGUCGAAUGUCCCCUCUACUAAAUCAAUCUACAACAACAACAAGUACAGAAUCAUGUAAAGGGGAGCAGCAGGGUAAUAAGAGUCCAAACUUUCUUUUUACCCCCAAAGACGUGAAAGAACUCCGCCAGCAUCCUGAGUAUAGUAAAGUCGACGUCUUUACAUUUGAGGAGAUGAAGUUGGCUACAAAACACUUCCGACCAGAUCUCAUUCUCGGGGAAGGUGGUUUUGGAGUUGUUUACAGAGGAGUUAUAGAUGAGAAUGUUAGGCCAGGUUACAAGACCACUGAGGUAGCCAUUAAGCAACUGAACCCAAAUGGUUUUCAAGGGGACAGAGAAUGGCUGACAGAAGUUAGCUACUUAGGACAGCUUAGCCACCCCAACCUUGUAAAGCUGAUUGGAUACUGUUGUGAAGAUGAGCACAGACUGUUGGUUUACGAAUAUAUGGCGUCCGCAUGCCUGGAGAAGCAUCUAUUCCGCAGAAUGUCUUCUACUCUCACGUGGUUGAGGCGAAUAAAAAUUGCUCUUGAUGCUGCUAAAGGCCUCGCUUUUCUUCAUGGCUUGGAGCGGCAAAUCAUCUAUCGGGAUUUCAAGACAUCAAAUAUCUUGCUUGAUUCGAAUUUUAAUGCAAAACUCUCUGACUUUGGGCUUGCUAAGGAAGGGCCUAUGGGAGACCAAACCCAUGUUUCAACACGUGUUAUGGGCACUUAUGGGUACGCAGCACCAGAAUAUGUGAUGACUGGGCAUUUAACGGCGAGAAGUGAUGUGUAUGGUUUCGGGGUUGUUUUGCUUGAGAUGUUAAUUGGAAGAAGAGCAUUAGACAAGAGUAGACCCAGCCGAGAACAUAAUCUGGUAGAAUGGUGCCGUCCUCUUUUGAACAAUAACAAGAAACUCCUACGAAUUCUAGAUGCGAGAAUCGACGGGCAGUUUUCAGUCAAGGCUAUGAUGAAAGUGGCAAACUUAGGGUACCAAUGCCUUAGCCAAAACCCGAAAGGAAGGCCGCCAAUGAGUCAAGCAGUCGAAGUUCUUGCAGCUGUUUAUGACGAGGAAAGAAUCCGGGAAAUGGCAUUGUCAGCUCAAAAUGGCAGUGGAGUCACCCUCUACGAAGCUCCUAAAGAGAACCUUAUAGUGGACCCCUCACGGCCGUCAGUAGAGCACCCCUCACGGCCGUCUGUAGAGAAGAAAAUCGUGAGCAAGAAGAACGAAGAACAAAGAACUACUGAUGUACCACGUGAGCGUAGAAAGAGGAGAGAGGGAAGAGCAAGAAGUGAGCCUCAAAAUGAUUUUUUCAGCCGCAGUCAAUCCCCAGAAAUAAGGACUCACAAUAGGUCUUUCAGAGAUCAGAUGUCUAAAUAAAUGUUAAAGCACUACAAAGUGGUGUAUUAAUAUAGUUGGUUCUUUGUUGUAAAAAAAAAAACAAGUAUUGUGUAAGAGAGAAUUGAGGCGUUAGUUCUCCGAGCAGUAGCUAUUUUGUCAGGUCUUCAGUAUCAGCAUUCAGCAGGGAGUUACCAAUUUGGAUGUAUAUAGAGAUUGGUAAUUGAUGAUUUUUAACAUUUUAUUCAUUCAUUUUUAUCUUAA